GGACCUCCAACUCUAAGAGAUCUAACACCCUCUUCCUAGCUUCAUGUGUACCUACACACAGGUGACAUAUAUUCACACAGACAAACACACAUACACAUGAAUCAAAAUAAAGGUAAAUUUUGUGAUAGAAGAGGUGGCACAAACAUGCCUACGAGGACUUCUGAGGCAGACAGAGGCAGGCAGAUCUCUGAGUGCGAGGAAACAGUGAGUUCUACACAUUGAGUUCUAGGACAGGCAGAGCUGCACAGAGAAACGCUGAUAUUGGGAGGGGAAAAAAAGCCAUCAUAACAUCAAGGAUGAAAGCAAUUGCCACCGAAGUCUGCAGGUGUCUGUUGGUAAUAUCCCCUGGCACUUUGCAGGUGAAUGCUGAGACAGUGCGGUACUCCAUCUGCACAUCCAAGCUCCGAGUGAAGCCUGGCGAUGUGGCUGUUCAUGGUGAGGCUGUGGUGUGUGUCACCCCCAGGGAAAACAGCAAGAGCUCCAUGUAUUAUGUGCUGCAGUUUCUGAAAGAGGACCUACCCAAGGUGGUGGUACAAGGAAUCCCAGAGGUGUCCAGAGCUGUCAUCCAUAUCGAUGAGCAGAGUGGAAAGGAGAAGUUCAAGCUUCUAGUAGAAGGUGACAAUCUGCGGGCAGUCAUGGCCACCCAUGGUGUGAAAGGCACCCGGACCACUUCCAAUAACACCUAUGAGGUGGAGAAAACUCUAGGCAUUGAGGCUGCCCGAACAACCAUCAUCAACGAGAUCCAGUACACGAUGCUUCUGUAG